CUUGCGCUCAAUUGAUUUGCAGUAACAAAUCGCAUUCCGCAAAUGUCAAGCUCUGUGUUCUAAAAAAGGCGUAUAAAUAUCUCAAAUAAGGGCAUACACAUACAUUCAUAUGUGUCUUCUACCGCUUAUACAUACUCUCAUUACUUGUUUUUCUUGAUACCGUUCAUGCGAAAUACACAUCAAUCAGCAUAAGAGCAUAUAAACUGAGAUAUAUAAAAUUACCGCAAAAACGGGUGUAUAAGUGUCCGUAAAUAGAUAUGUGUAUGUGUACUCGUAAGUAGCUACAUUAAUACGAUCUACUCAUGACGCAGCGCUGUUUGCGCGUAAUUGUUUGAUUAAAUAAAUUCUUUCGAAAAUUGUCAAUUAAAUAUAAACCGUAGUAGUCGUCUGAAGGCAGAAUCAGUCACAGUUAUUGCGUACCCGUUGGUGGAUCACAAACGUGAGCGCAACGUCUUUUAUUGUUAUGCAAAACACGAAAGAAUAAAUAGUGAAAGUGUGCAUAAUUAAUUGACAGAUCAAAACAUUAAACAGAAUUGAAAUGAAAAAUAUAAUUUACGUGUUUGCAGCAGCAUUACUCUGUCUCUGCGCUCCCUUGGCACAAGGGGAUUUACUCGAUUGCAAUGAGAAAAUCGUACCAUCGUUAUCGGAUCUACCCAUCAUUGGACCCAAAGUGUCCAGUGCUGAGGAAAGCUCUGAGCAUCAGGUGCGCGAUUUUUUCAAAAGUUUCGGUUGCCAAAUCAAAAAGGGUGCUGAAAAGGUUUCCGAGCAGGCAAAGAAAAUAGGUACUGAACUGAAGGAGGGCGCCAAAAAGUUUGGCGAGAAGGCAAAGGAUCUGGGUUCAGAUAUAAAAGAUAAACUUGGCGAUAUCAAGGAUAAAUUUUCAAAGGAUUCUUCGGAGGAGCUUACAGUGCAUAAGCUACUCAAUGUGGAACUGAUAAAUCCCGAUAUACUCAAAGCUGAGCAACAGUGCGGCCAUGGACAUAUAUUGGACGCUUUGGGCAACUGCAGUAAAUUGAGAAAGUGAGAAGUGAAAACAUGUGCGCAUAUUUGACUCUAAGGCAGUGAUGAUUAAUCCCAAAGAAUUAUAAAAUUUAAAGCACUACUAAAAUAAUUUGUAGUUUAAUAUAUAGAUAAACUUUAUACAGAAGUUCCAUAAAACUAUAAGAAAUACGUUUAAUGUGUAGUCUGAGUCACAGAAAUAUUUGCAAACAUUUGCAUAUAUUGUUGCAGAUUCUUAGUAUCAGAUGAACGAUUUGUAUUUGGAAAACUCAAAACUAUAUGUAUAUAUUUUUGGUAUAAGAUCUGUAUUUAGUAUGUAUGCAUGUACAUAUUUCAUGGAAUACUGAAAACAGCCAAUGUUAUCAUCGUAAACAAUACAUAUACUUACAUAUGUACAUAUACUCAAACCAAAUAAAGAUAAAAAUCAGAGAGCAUUAAAACAGAAAAA